UUAUCUCACUAAAGCGCCAGGUUCUGCACCAAAGCUCAUUUUCCAUAGCCAACUCCCCAAGUUCAUAUGCCAACAGACCAUUACUACGUCCAUCACUUGCCUAACUCCUAAUCAUCAGCUAAGUACGGAGUCUCACGCCCAUCUCUCAAAUCAUGGUCGUGGCCUUGACCAUCAACAGAACCAAAAUCUUGCUUACUCCCACAGUCCCACUGCCAUCAUCCUAUGCAACAAGCCUCUCUGCUCCCAAAUAGGAAAACCAUCAAAUGCGUGGCACCCAGCUUACAUUGACUGGGCUCUUUUCAACCGCCGAAAUUGACUUCUUUUUUUUUUUGGAGACUUUUGGGCAGGAAUGCUGGAAUGGUGUGGCGGCCGGGCUGCAAAGACAACGGUGGAGUUGCUCUUAUAAGUUUCCUCCUGCUAAAGUCUUCACCCACCACAUGAUGAUAAUUUAUUUCUCUCUCACGAUUCAAGUCUCUCACCACUCUGCUUCUCUUCAUUCUUGAUCUUUUAAAACUGCUAUAUUUGAAGUUGAUCUGAUCCCAGCUUCAAAUUCCCACGAAACCCAAUAGGGAAGGGAAACCAGGAAACACAAUUGCAUGUUUUCCAUGAUAGUUACUUCCAAGCCUUGAAAUUGUGUUGAAAGCUUCUCCGGUUAUUCAUAUAUAUAGUCCUUGGACACGUACUCUUCCACAAGUAGGGAAGUAGGUUUCAUCGGAAAUGAGCACACAAAGAACCUAUGCAUCUUUCCCCCUGUUAACUCCUCAGUGGAAAUAUGAUGUUUUUCUGAGCUUUAGAGGUGACGACACUCGGAAGACUUUUACAGACCACUUAUUCACUGCAUUGGAACAUCAAGGAAUCAUAACUUUCAGGGAUGAUCCUGAACUUCAAAAGGGGGAAGCUAUUUCUCCAGCACUUUUUGCUGCAAUUGAAGAAUCGAGAUUUGCCCUCAUUGUUCUCUCACAAAAUUAUGCAUCGUCAACAUAGUGCUUGGAUGAACUUGUGAGAAUUCUUGAAUGCAUGAAAGCAAGAAAAACUGUGCUGCGAAUUUUUUAUGAUGUUGAUCCCUCUGUUGUACGAAACCAAACAGGUAGUUUUGGUGAAGCCAUUGCUAAUCAUGAAGAAAGGUUCAGCGAUGACAAGGAGAAAGUGUGGAGGUGGAGAUCUGCAUUAACUGAAGUGGCAAGUUUCUCAGGGUGGAAUUCAAAUGAAUGGUACAAAUCAAAGCUGAUAAGAGAUAUUAUUGAAGUUAUAUGGACAAAAUUGUUACAUACAUCAUUCAGUUAUGCAGAAAAUCUAGUUGGAAUUUACUCAAGAUUGCAGCCAGUCAAUUUCCUUUUAGCUGUAGGGGUGGAUGACGUCCGCUUCAUUGGGAUAUGGGGAAUGGGCGGGAUUGGUAAGACUACUAUGGUAAGAGCGGUGUAUGAGAGAAUCUCUCAUGAAUUUGAAUUUAGUUUCCUUCUUUCCGAUGUUGGAAACUCCGUUGAAAAAGGUGGUCUACUUAAUCUAGAAAAGCAACUUAUCUCUAGUAUUUGGACAAAAAAGGCUGACAUAUCAGACCUUCAUGAAGGAGCCACCAUACUAAGGAGGUUGUUAGGUCACAAAAAAGUUCUUCUCAUUCUUGAUGAUGUGAACCAUUCAAGCCAUUUAAAAUAUUUGGCAGGAAACCAAGAGUGGUUUGGUUCGGGGAGUAGAGUUCUUAUGACAACUAGAAAUGAGCAUUUGUUGAUUGAACAUGUAGUGGUGAGAGGAUUGAAGGCUGAAGAAUUAAAUGAUGAUGAUUCUCUUCAGCUUUUUAGCUAGAAAGCAUUCAAAAGAGGAUACCCUGAAGAAGAUUUUCUUGGUUUGUCA